AUGGCUCUUUCAACCACAACCACGGAAACUAAACGACGUACCAUCUCGCCCUACGAUCUGACAUCCAGCGACAACCCGGGUGCUGUGAUUUCAUCCCCGUUACUUAACGGUACGAACUAUGACGAGUGGACAAUUAACUUGCGUAUGACUCUCAGCUCGCGCAAGAAAUUCGGCUUUAUUGAUGGAAGUAUACCAAAGCCAGCAGCAGAUUCGGAGAACCUAGAAGACUGUGUAGCCAACAAUCACCUGUUGGUGGGUUGGAUUAAACAAACCAUUGAGCCUAAACUACGGUCAUCAAUCUCGUCUAGAGAGGUGGCAAAGGAAUUAUGGGAUAUCAUCAAAAAGAGGUUUUCAGUGAAGAGUGGCGCUCGUCUUCAGCAGCUUCGCAACUCGCUGGCUACUUGCAAACAGAAUGGAGCUUCUGUCGACGACUAUUUUGGAAGACUGACGAAGAUUUGGGAUGGCAUCAGGGAGUGUAUGAAUUCAAAACAAUGCAAUUGUGGAAAGUGUGAGUGCGAUCUUAAAACAGCCCACGAAGCAGAGAGAGAGGUUUUACGGGUUCAUGACUUUCUCUCAGGUUUAGACGACUCAGAACAUGGAGCUAUCCGUUCUCAGAUCUGUGCCAUCACUCCAUUACCUGAGCUCGACAGUGUGUAUCAAACCAUUGUCCAGAAUGAAACAAUACGCUCCACUGUAGCUCAAGAAACUCCUGUAAUGAGCUUUGCCUCACAACUUGCAGCUUCAGCAUACAACAAGGAGGAGACUCUUCGUCCAAGUGGAAACAAUCGGAUGCAUCCUGCUAACCGUGAUCCAACUCGAAAGUGUUCAGUGUGUGGUCGGAUGGGACAUGAGGCAAGUUCCUGCUAUAAAGUUAUUGGAUAUCCAGAGGGGUAUGGAUCCUCAGGUCGUGGACGCGGCACUUCAGGUCAUGGUCGUGGAGCUAUGCCAAGAGCAAACAGCACACAGAUAAUGGGAGCCAAUGCCGCAGCUAUUGCAUCACCGGUGACUCUUACAGAUGCAGAUCGACAGGGGCUUAGUGGCAUCUCCGAUGACCAGUGGAAGAUAAUUCAGCGUAUGGUGAGACAGACACCAAAGCCAGAGUCUUUAAGUGGUAAGAUUGAUCAUACUGACUGGAUUUUGGAUACAGGUGCGACACAUUAUAUGACUGGAAAAAUAGAGUGUAUGGAAGACAUUCAUCUUAUACUUCCGGUGUCCGUGCGAUUACCCAAUGGUUUAAACUUUCUUGCUUCACAGCAAGGAACUGUUACUUUGAAUCCAAACUUAAUACUCCAUAAUGUCUAUCUCGUGGAUGGUUUUGACACCAAUUUGAUAUCUUUUGGCCAAUUGGUUUCGGAUAAUAGACUGGUUGGACAGAUCACUGAUAAGCUCUUGUUAUUACAGGACCGCACUACGAAGACGCUGAUUGGGAUGGGUGAAAGAGAGAGUGUGGGACUGUACCGGCUAUGUGGUGUUGGGAAAGUUACUUCGCUGCAUACAAGUGUUCGAGAUGACUCGGUUCUAUGGCAUCACCGACUAGGUCAUCCUUCUCCUCGGAUUAGGUUUUCAGUGAAGAGUGGCGCUCGUCUUCAGCAGCUUCGCAACUCGCUGGCUACUUGCAAACAGAAUGGAGCUUCUGUCGACGACUAUUUUGGAAGACUGACGAAGAUUUGGGAUGGCAUCAGGGAGUGUAUGAAUUCAAAACAAUGCAAUUGUGGAAAGUGUGAGUGCGAUCUUAAAACAGCCCACGAAGCAGAGAGAGAGGUUUUACGGGUUCAUGACUUUCUCUCAGGUUUAGACGACUCAGAACAUGGAGCUAUCCGUUCUCAGAUCUGUGCCAUCACUCCAUUACCUGAGCUCGACAGUGUGUAUCAAACCAUUGUCCAGAAUGAAACAAUACGCUCCACUGUAGCUCAAGAAACUCCGGUAAUGAGCUUUGCCUCACAACUUGCAGCUUCAGCAUACAACAAGGAGGAGACUCUUCGUCCAAGUGGAAACAAUCGGAUGCAUCCUGCUAACCGUGAUCCAACUCGAAAGUGUUCAGUGUGUGGUCGGAUGGGACAUGAGGCAAGUUCCUGCUAUAAAGUUAUUGGAUAUCCAGAGGGGUAUGGAUCCUCAGGUCGUGGACGCGGCACUUCAGGUCGUGGUCGUGGAGCUAUGCCAAGAGCAAACAGCACACAGAUAAUGGGAGCCAAUGCCGCAGCUAUUGCAUCACCGGUGACUCUUACAGAUGCAGAUCGACAGGGGCUUAGUGGCAUCUCCAAUGACCAGUGGAAGAUAAUUCAGCGUAUGGUGGGACAGACACCAAAGCCAGAGUCUUUAAGUGGUAAGAUUGAUCAUACUGACUGGAUUUUGGAUACAGGUGCGACACAUCAUAUGACUGGAAAAAUAGAGUGUCUGGAAGACAUUCAUCUUAUACUUCCGGUGUCCGUGCGAUUACCCAAUGGUUUAAACUUUCUUGCUUCACAGCAAGGAACUGUUACUUUGAAUCCAAACUUAAUACUCCAUAAUGUCUAUCUCGUGGAUGGUUUUGACACCAAUUUGAUAUCUUUUGGCCAAUUGGUUUCGGAUAAUAGACUGGUUGGACAGAUCACUGAUAAGCUCUUGUUAUUACAGGACCGCACUACGAAGACGCUGAUUGGGAUGGGUGAAAGAGAGAGAGAGGGACUGUACCGGCUCUGUGGUGUUGGGAAAGUGACUUCGCUGCAUACAAGUGUUCGAGAUGACUCGGUUCUAUGGUACCGUGCCAUCACCAGUGCAUACUACCGUGGAGCCGUUGGCGCACUCCUAGUAUAUGAUGUAACCCGCCGUGCAACGUUUGAGAACGUAGACCGGUGGUUAAAGGAGCUCAAGAACCACACUGACCCAAACAUUGUGGUGAUGCUCGUUGGUAACAAAUCUGAUCUGCGACAUUUACUAGCCGUUCCCACAGAAGAUGGGAAAUCCUAUGCUGAGCAGGAAUCGCUUUGCUUCAUGGAAACAUCUGCCCUCGAAGCCACCAACGUGGAGGACGCCUUUGCAGAGGUGUUAACACAGAUUUACCGCAUCACAAGCAAGAAGCAAGUCGAAGCUGGUGAAGACGGGAACGGAGCUGUCCCUAAAGGUGAGAAAAUCGAAGUUAAAAACGAUGUCUCUGCUCUGAAGAAACUCGGCUGCUGCUCAAAUUGAAUGCGUUUUCUUUUUAAUCUGUUGAGAGAAGAUUAUAACCCCAAGGUCCAUUGUUUGGCUAUGUUUAUGUUUGUAACAAUAUGAACAUCUAUAUGAGCUUUAGACUAUACAUGAUAUAAUGUUUCUCCAACU